ACUGGAUUGUUUUCGGUUCAAAACGCCAUAUAAAUUACAAGGUUGCUGUGCGUAAUUUAAUUAAGCGCGCUGCGUGCAAUCGCCAGCGAGCGAUAUACAUUGCGCUCGACCAGCAUGGCGUCGUCGACUGCGUGGCUCGAGUCGGCCGACUACGUCCGCAGGCUCUACGACCUCUACGAGGCAGACGUUGUUGAUACGCAGAUCAGCGAUCUGCCCGCAUCGCCGCCCACCGCCGUGACCACGCGCCUCGCUGCGAUACCGCUCGCCUGGUCGUCGCUGCCAUCGCUUGCCAAGCGCGCGCUGCUCUGGGAUGCCGGGUACGUUCGCAGUACUGCAGGCGCGACGGCCUACGUCCAAGUGCAAACGCGGUGCGCGAACACGACCGGGCGUAGCAUGGCGUCGAUCGCUGUGCGCCGGCCCCAGUUUGGUGGCGCCACCGUCGUCUGCGCAUCGAGCGCGAGGAAUGCAACGACGACGACCUACUUUCGCCAGGCGUCGUCGGGCGUCGUCGACUUGGAGUGGACAUGCGCGACGCAGGCGCCACUCGCGAACGGUGCCUCGAUCGCGUGGGCCCAAGACGACCUCGGGCCGCUCACGGUGCCGACGCCGCAAGUAUUUAUGGUCCACACCGACACGCAGACGCUGUUUGCGAUUCACACGUCGCCGUGGCCGAGCGCCUCGUACGGCAUGUGUCCCGCGCCCAAUCGACCGAGCGGCCUCGUCGUGCCGUGCGUGGGCCUCGAUGCUACGACCGCAAAAACCGGGCUCUGGUGCAACCCCGCGCCGUCGUCGCUCAUGGACGCGUGGCUCGCCAACCUGCACGACCCAACAGUGCCGGUGGUGCUUCCGACGACGCUCGCACCCGCCACCAUGCGUCCGACCGACACGAUCGUCGCGCCGCCGAUGCCAGUGUCCCAGCCCAAUGCGACCGGCGCCGUUGGCACAGCGGUCAUCGUGCUCGGUGCUGCCUUUGGCGUCACGGCCGUCGUCGUCGGUGUCUGCUUCAUCGCCUGGUUCCAACGCAAGCUCCAAGAAAUGAUCGAUGCAACGGAGAGCAACCUCCGCGUCGCGCCCGCCCCUCUCGACAACCUCGAAGCCGACGAUCGGCACUCGAGCAGUGGGCUCUACGGGCCACUGGUGACGCCCAAAGACGCCGACCGACUCCGGCACUAGUCGAUACAAUCCAAAGAUUAUUAGUUGCUGCUGC